CCCAGCGCCCGAGCAAGAUGGCGGCGCGAGUCCUGCGGGCCCGCGGAGCGUCCUCGGCCGGGAGUCUGCUGCAGCGGGCCGGCCCCUGCGGCCUCCUGUCCGCGCUCCGGGGAAUGACGUCUUCCAGUGUCAGACCUGGGGAAGACAGCUGGUUAAAGUCUUUAUUCGUCCGGAAAGUUGAUCCAAGAAAAGAUGCUCACUCCAACCUCCUGGCCAAAAAGGAAACGAGCAGCCUGUACAAACUACAGUUUCACAAUGUUAAACCGGAAUGCCUAGAAGCAUACAACAAAAUUUGUCAAGAGAUGUUGCCAAAGAUUCACGAAGAUAAACAUUACCCUUGUACUUUGGUGGGGACUUGGAACACAUGGUAUGGCGAGCAGGAUCAAGCUGUUCACCUCUGGAGGUAUGAAGGAGGCUAUCCAGCCCUCACAGAGGUGAUGAAUAAACUCAAAGGAAAUCAGGAAUUCGCGCAAUUCCGUAAGGCCAGAAGCGACAUGCUGCUCUCUAGGAAGAAUCAGCUGCUACUGGAGUUCAGUUUCUGGAAUGAUCCUCUCCCACGGUCAGGACCUAAUAUAUAUGAACUCAGGUCUUACCAACUCCGGCCCGGAACCAUGAUUGAAUGGGCCAAUUACUGGGCUCGUGGGAUUCGCUUCCGGCAAGCGAGCAAUGAAGCUGUGGGAGGGUUCUUCUCUCAGAUUGGGCAGCUCUAUAUGGUGCAUCAUCUGUGGGCUUACAAGGAUCUUCAGUCCUGGGAAGAUAUACGAAAAGCAGUAUGGCAUAAACAUGGCUGGGACGAAUUGGUGUAUUAUACAGUCCCACUUAUUCAGGAAAUGGAAUCCAGAAUCAUGAUCCCACUGAAGACCUCGCCCCUCCAGUAAAGCUAUAAAGUCGACUUAGCUGUGCCUACAUGGAUUUCAGUGACAAAUAUUUGUCAGAAGUUAAUUUUAUAGUACGCGUUGUUUAUCACGUGAAAAAGAAACACUGACGUGUAAACUGCUGUAUAUAGCUAUGAGAGACCUCUUUUCUUCAGAAUUUCCAUAGCCAUGAGAAGGGAAACCAUCGCAGUUCAGCUGAUUGAGACAGUGCUCUGUCGUCCUCUUUGAAACUCUCCGAUGUUUCUGGAACAUACUUCAUAAUACCUGCCCUGCCCCCUCCCCCACUACCAGCCUCUGGAAAAGAAGGCCCAGAUUUAAAUUUGAAUCAUAUCCAAAUAGGACUCCUACCAUGAAAGAAAAAAAAAUAACCAUGUCUUCAUAAAAAGCAAAUCUGUUUUAUAAUUACAGAUUUUAGGCAAAUUUCUUGUGUCAGGAAGAAAUGCAGUUUUGUUUUUUGUUUUUUUUUUUUUUUCUUUUUUCAUUUUUCUCUAAGGGUUUUUCAGAGUCUCAAACUAGGAACAAAUUAAGAGUGUACCCAGUACCCAAAAAUGUUUUAAUUCACUUUCAUCUGUAAUCAGUCGGCAUAUUAAAAAAUAUGUCAUCAUUAAAAAUAUGUCAUCAGAAAGCUGGUAGUGGUUGACAGGGUCCAUCUAAUCAGUCGUUCACUUUCCAUCUGGUGUAUCAUGAUGUCUCCAUAUGAGAAGGAAGAAACGGCUUGAACCUGUGUACCACCUGUGAGUUUACAACAAAUACCUUGAAUAGCACUACUUUUUAUUUGUGAUAUUUUUCUGUAGUAAAACAAGUAGGCAAAGAGGUUUUCUUUUGUAAGCAAUCAUUUGUAACUUCAGACAUCCUCUGGUUGAUAUUUUAAUAAGCUCACAGCAAGCACUUCCGAGGUCACAGACGAGGAAGGGCGGGGCCUGUUGGGUUGUAAAUUGACUGAUGUCAAGCUGCGUACUUUGCCUAGAUGUGUUUGAUUUAGUUUUUUAAUAGUGCACCAAUUUUGUGUCUGUAAUCAUGUUGAAAUCCAAAAUUCUGCCUACUCCCCAGAUUAAAGCAUUUAUGUGUAAAACAAGGUGUGAAUAAAUCUUAUAUCAAAUGUCCGACUUUUACAUGCAAAUUGUUUUCUGCAAGAACAUAUAAAAGUCAAUAAAAAACCUCUUAAAUUUU